AUGUCAGGCGCAGUAAUGGAGCCUAAGAGGGAGGAGGUGGUCAAACCGGUGAUGUCGGACGACGAGGAGGAGGACAUCGACCAGCUGAUCGAGGACCUGCAGUCAAACCAAGGUCUGGACGAGGAGGACGAGGAUGAGGACCUGGCACCGGGGUCUGCGCGGCCGGUGCCGGAGGAGCUGCUGCAGACCGACCCGUCGUAUGGGCUGACCAGCGACGAGGUGUCGCGGCGGCGCAAGAAGUACGGGCUGAACCAGAUGUCCGAGGCGAACGAGUCGAUGAUCCUCAAGUUCGUGAUGUUCUUCGUGGGGCCCAUCCAGUUUGUCAUGGAGGCCGCGGCCAUCUUGGCCGCUGGUCUGGAGGAGUGGAUUGACUUCGGUAUUAUCUGUGCGCUGCUGCUAUUGAACGCCGCGGUUGGUUUCAUUCAGGAGUUCCAGGCCGGCUCCAUUGUCGAGGAGCUAAAGAAGACCCUUGCCAACUCUGCCGUUGUGAUCAGAGACGGCUCCUUGGUCGAGAUCCCUGCCAACGAGGUUGUCCCUGGUGACAUCCUGCAGUUGGAGGACGGUGUUAUCAUCCCUGCCGACGGUCGUAUUGUGACUGAGGGCUGCUUCGUGCAGAUCGACCAGUCCGCCAUCACCGGUGAGUCCCUGGCUGUUGACAAGAGAUACGGUGACGCCACCUUCUCCUCCUCGACCGUCAAGAGAGGCGAGGGCUUCAUGAUCGUGACUGCCACCGGUGACAGCACCUUUGUCGGUAGAGCUGCCGCUCUGGUCAACAAGGCCUCCGCUGGCUCUGGUCACUUCACCGAAGUGUUGAACGGUAUCGGUACGAUUCUUUUGAUUUUGGUUAUCUUGACUUUGCUUGUUGUUUAUGUGGCAUGCUUCUACAGAAGUAUUGACAUUGUUACCAUCCUAAGAUACACUUUGGCCAUCACCGUUGUUGGUGUGCCAGUUGGUCUGCCAGCUGUCGUCACCACCACCAUGGCUGUUGGUGCUGCAUACUUGGCGAAGAAGAAGGCUAUCGUCCAGAAGCUUUCUGCCAUUGAGUCUUUGGCUGGUGUUGAGAUCUUGUGUUCCGACAAGACCGGUACCUUGACUAAGAACAAGUUGUCUCUGCACGAGCCAUACACUGUCGAGGGCGUCGAGGCUGAUGACUUGAUGUUGACCGCGUGCUUGGCUGCUUCCAGAAAGAAGAAGGGUUUGGACGCUAUCGACAAGGCCUUCUUGAAGUCUUUGAUCAACUACCCAAGAGCCAAGGCUGCUUUGACCAAGUACAAGGUUUUGGAGUUCCACCCAUUCGACCCUGUCUCUAAGAAGGUCACUGCUAUUGUCGAGUCCCCAGAGGGCGAGAGAAUCGUCUGUGUUAAGGGUGCUCCAUUGUUUGUCUUGAAGACUGUCGAGGAGAACCACUUGAUUCCAGAGGACGUUAAGGAGAACUACGAGAACAAGGUUGCUGAAUUGGCUUCUAGAGGUUACAGAGCUCUAGGUGUUGCUAGAAAGAGAGGCGAGGGCCACUGGGAAAUCUUGGGUGUCAUGCCAUGCAUGGACCCUCCAAGAGAUGACACUGCCCAAACCGUUAACGAGGCUAGACACUUGGGUUUGAGAGUUAAGAUGUUGACUGGUGAUGCCGUCGGUAUUGCUAAGGAAACCUGUAGACAAUUGGGCUUGGGUACCAACAUCUAUAACGCUGAACGUCUAGGUCUUGGUGGCGGCGGUGACAUGCCUGGUUCCGAGCUGGCUGACUUCGUGGAGAACGCUGAUGGUUUUGCUGAGGUUUUCCCACAGCACAAGUACAAUGUCGUUGAGAUUUUGCAGCAGAGAGGCUACUUGGUUGCGAUGACUGGUGACGGUGUCAACGAUGCUCCUUCCUUGAAGAAGGCUGACACUGGUAUUGCUGUUGAAGGCGCUACCGAUGCCGCCAGAUCUGCUGCUGACAUUGUGUUCUUGGCUCCUGGUUUGUCUGCCAUCAUUGAUGCAUUGAAGACUUCCAGACAGAUUUUCCACAGAAUGUACUCCUACGUUGUCUACCGUAUCGCUUUGUCUUUGCACUUGGAAAUCUUCCUGGGUCUAUGGAUCGCGAUCUUGAACCAGUCUCUAAACGUCCACUUGGUUGUUUUCAUCGCCAUCUUCGCCGACGUCGCCACCUUGGCCAUCGCCUACGACAACGCGCCAUACGACCCACAGCCUGUCAAAUGGAACCUACCUAGACUAUGGGGUAUGUCCAUUGUCAUGGGUAUCCUGUUGGCCAUCGGCAGUUGGAUCACCUUGACGACCAUGUUCAUGAAGAAGGGUGGUAUCAUCCAGAACUACGGUGCUAUUGACCACAUUAUGUUCUUGGAGAUCUCCUUGACCGAGAACUGGCUGAUCUUCAUCACCAGAGCCUCGGGUCCUUUCUGGUCCUCCAUUCCAUCGUGGCAGCUAUCCGGCGCCGUCUUCAUCGUCGACGUCAUCGCCACUCUCUUCUGUGUCUUCGGCUGGCUGCACGAGAAAAACGUCGUUGACGCUGGUGUCUUGAGACCACGUACCCACAUCGUCACUGUCGUCAGAGUCUGGAUCUUCUCUUUCGGUGUCUUCUGCAUCAUGGGCGGCGCCUACUAUUUGAUGUUCACUUCCAAGUCCUUUGACCGCUUCAUGAACGGUAAGCCGCUCAGGGAAAAGCCUUCUGGCAGAUCCGUCGAGGACUUCUUGGUGGCCAUGCAGAGAGUAUCGACUCAGCACGAGAAGGAGAAUUGA